AUGCCUAGAAGUUUAGCAAGGCUGCGUUCCACAGAUAACUUGCCAACUCGCAGCUCCUCACCAGAUACGGAUUCUCCUGGUGCAAAUGGUGGAAAGAUAAGGGCAAUAUCUGAGGUACAAUCUGAUAACGAAAGUGCUGCGACUAAAAGAAGGCGAACUAGGCUUCGGUCAAGAGAUUCUCCCGUUAAUUAUUCAUUAAAAAGUUAUAAAAGGGUUAGUGCUCGCCCUAAUGACGCACAUCCUAGUUACCUGAAGGAAUCUGAUAAACCUUUAGAAUCAGUAUUGAAACACAUUGACCAGAACUUACCAAAGGAACAAGCAGACAAGUUGCACAAGGAGAACUUGUGCGAUAUUUUACAAGCACAGGAAAAAACUUUGGAUGAGCUUUUCGUAUUGCAAAACUUUACAUUUUUGACUGAUUUUGAUCAGAUCAAUAGAUCGAGUGAAAUUUACCGUGCAUUGAUAGAUGAAAAUAAUCUCUGGAACACAUUAGCACCCGAGAACGUCAAUGGUCGUGGUACAAAAAGGGUACAUUCUCGACGAAGAGCUACAAGCAAUUUAUCAGGGCAAGAGAGUAAGCUAAUAGAAGAAGUUCAAGACAUGCUACUUGAACGACGGAGGCGAUUGAAAACUAGUGCUGGAAAAACAAAUGGCAUUUCUCAAACUCACCCAAAGAAAACAAAUAAGCAUCAAGUAUUUGAGACUAGUAUUUCAAAGAAAGCAGUUGUUUCCAGACCAACGUCUGUGUCGGAGCACAGAGGAAAGAAAGCACGCAAACACAUGGAAGAAAAAGUUCACGCCCAACAACAAGAGAGCGAUGAACAAUCGGGUUCUGAUGACACAAUGCAGCAUGGAGAGGAUAGUGAAACAGUUAGUUCACUCAGUGACUCUCCAGUUGAGCAAUCAUCUUUAGGCCAUCUACCAAAAAAGGUUCAUUUAAAUUUUACAAUUCCUAAGCAAAUAGUGACACAUCCUGAUCACUUAACUAAGCCAGAAUAUGGUGGCAAUUUAGGGAACCUACUAGCCUCUUUUUAUUCCUUAGACGACGACAUGGAGCCUUCCCAAUUUCAAGACUAUAUCAGUCUGCAAAGGGAUUUGGUCGAACGAAUUCGCAAAGGUGUCAAUGACAAGUUCCUCAAAAUUGAUUACAGCGAGAAUGUUAAUAAACCUCACGUUCAGGGUACAACUCGAGAACCAACAAUGAUUAAGCUGAACUCGGUGCAUCAUAGAUACAAGGACCCUUUCAGAACACAACUUUUUCCACAUUUGCAUUAUGACCAUCUUCUAGCUCAUGGAGUUUUCUACUCUAAGUUACUACAUGAUAGGAGAGUUUCUCGUAUUCAAAAGGCAAAAAAAGUCGCUAAUAUGAUCGAUAGUCAUUUCAAGAAACUCUCUCAAUCAAAAGAAAGGGAAGAGAAAGAAAACCAGAUUCGAGUCAUAAAAUUAGCUCGAAGGGUGGCCAAACUGGUAAAGAAUAGAUGGCUACAAGCGGAGAAGGUUUUUAGGAUAUUAGAAGACAGAGAAAAGGAGAAAGAGAGAAUCAAGGAGAGCAAACAACAUUUGUCUAAGAUUUUGGAACACUCCACCCAACUUCUUGAGGCGCAAAUGAACCGUGCAACUUCAGCAAGUGCUUCAGAAUUGCCAUCAGCUUCAGGUUCAGAUAUUGGAAGCUCUACUAAUACAGAUGAUGAGAACAUGAGCACAUCUAACGAUGAAGAAGAAGAAGAUGCGAAUGAUGAGAAACAUAUGAAAGUAGACUCCUCACAAGAUGAUUCGAAUCUUACUGUUGAGGAGUUAAGAGAGAAAUACAAGCAUUUGAGCCAUGUCAAUAACGAAGAGGAGAUCGUUGAAGACCAAAACAUUGAGCUCACUGCUGAAGAAAAAAGACUGUUGGACGAAGAAACGAAAAAAGUAAAUCCUUUAUUUGACAGUGACGAUGAAUCUGAGUCUGAAAUUUCCGAAGAUUCUGAGGACAUGAGUAUGGAAUCGAUUACUGACGAGGAUGAUCAAAACGGAGGUACUGAUCUCAAUGGUUCUUCGGGGCUAGCUUCAUUAUUUGGCCAAGUUAAAGAAGAAGAAGAUUCCGAUGACGAAUCGGUUAAAAGUGAUAUUGAAGAAUCGGAUCAGGAAGAAAAAAUCAAAGUAGAAAAGCACAAUAUUCUGUCUUCCAACUCUGACUCUGUUGUUACCAAAAAAUCAAAAAGUGAAGCAUCUGAUGAGUUUACGAACGAGCAAGUCAAUUCGGUUAUCGAUGUUCCCGUUCCUCAUCUCUUACGUGGUACUCUCAGAGUAUACCAGAAACAGGGUCUCAAUUGGUUGGCAUCCUUGUACAAUAACAAUACUAAUGGUAUUCUCGCAGAUGAAAUGGGCCUUGGUAAAACGAUACAGACAAUUGCACUCUUAUCCUAUCUUGCAUGCGAAAAGCAUGUAUGGGGACCUCAUUUGAUUAUUGUCCCCACUUCAGUGAUGCUUAAUUGGGAGAUGGAGUUCAAGAGAUUUGCUCCAGGUUUCAAAGUCAUGACAUAUUAUGGAAACCCUCAGCAAAGAAAAGAAAAGAGAAGAGGAUGGAACAAACCAGAUUCUUUCCACAUGUGUAUCACAUCGUAUCAACUUGUUAUCCAGGAUCACUUUGUGUUUAGAAGAAAAAAGUGGAAAUAUAUGAUUCUUGAUGAAGCUCACAAUAUUAAAAACUUUCGUUCGCAGAGGUGGCAGGCAUUAUUGAACUUCAACACAGAACAUAGACUUUUACUUACUGGUACUCCAUUGCAGAAUAACAUUAUGGAGUUGUGGUCUUUGCUGUACUUUUUGAUGCCUUCAAGCAAAGCUGACAACAAACAAUCCAUGCCAGCAGGAUUUGCCAAUCUGGAUGAUUUUCAAAGAUGGUUUGGAAAGCCAGUGGACAAAAUGAUCGAAGCAGGAGACGCAUUGGCUGAUCAGGAGACAAAAGCAACUGUUUCAAAACUGCAUCAAGUUUUGCGACCAUACUUACUGAGAAGGCUCAAAGCAGAUGUUGAAAAGCAAAUGCCAGCAAAGUAUGAACACAUAGUUUACUGCAGACUUUCAAAGAGGCAACGAUUCUUGUAUGAUGAUUUCAUGUCCCGAGCUCAGACAAAGGAGACUUUGGCAUCAGGAAAUUUUCUCUCUAUCAUUAACUGUUUGAUGCAAUUACGAAAAGUUUGUAAUCAUCCAGAUCUGUUUGAGGUUCGCCCAGUGGUUACGUCCUGGGUCUUGGAGAAAGCUGUGGCUACUGACUUUGAGCCAAAAGAUUUGCUCAUCAGAAGGAAAUUACGAGAUCGGGAUGCAGUUGAUUUGCAAGUAUUGAAUUUACUACCUUCACAUAACGAUUUGAAUCUCUCAACUCACACGGUCGCUUCUACGGCGCAUUUGAACGCCAAUGCUCAUCUUUCGAAUCACAUUCGGGAAAUCGAAAAGGUAGUAAAAACUCCCGUUCCAGAGAACUAUUAUGAUUUCCAAAGUUAUUACAGGUAUCUCAAGUACAAAGAACAACAAGAUGCUUUGGACCAUUCAACUCACGCACUGUAUUUGAACCGACUAAGAUGCGAAAGACGUCCUAUUUAUGGAAAGAACACUCUAGACCUCUUAAAAGUGGUCAAUCACACAGAUAAACCCCUCAAAAUGACGGAUGACAGGGUCCUGAGCGAGGCCUUUGACGACAUGUUUACUACAAUAGAAGAACGAUCCAUAAAGAUGAAAGACAUUUUUGAGAAGUACGCUUUUGUUACUCCACCAGUUGUUUGCCUCAAUAUGAAUGAUGUUGCUAUUAAUUCUGGACUGAAUGGCUAUCUGCGUACUGUUGAUAAUGGAAUAAGUAAUCCUUUCCACCAGCUCCAGACCAAGUUGUCAAUUGCAUUUCCAGAUAAAAGCUUACUACAAUACGAUUGUGGUAAGCUACAAAAAUUGGCAUCUUUGUUACUGGAACUAAAAUCAAAUGGACAUCGGGCUCUGAUAUUCACUCAGAUGACCAAAGUCUUGGAUAUUUUGGAACAAUUUUUGAACAUUCAGGGGUAUAGAUAUAUGCGACUUGACGGAGCUACUAAGAUUGAAGACAGACAGGUUCUUACCGAAAGGUUCAAUAAGGAUGAUAGAAUAACCUGUUUCAUUUUGUCUACGCGGUCCGGAGGGCUGGGGAUUAAUUUGACUGGUGCUGACACUGUUAUCUUCUAUGAUUCGGAUUGGAACCCAGCGAUGGAUAAGCAAUGCCAAGACAGGUGUCAUAGAAUCGGUCAGACUAGGGACGUUCAUAUCUACAGAUUCGUUUCUGAGUACACUAUUGAAUCUAACAUUUUGAAAAAAGCCAAUCAGAAACGGCAACUCGACAACGUCAUUAUUCAAGAGGGUGAUUUCACUACAGAUUACUUUGGUAAACUCUCCUAUAAAGACCUGCUUGGUGAAGAGGUCAGCAAUGAAGAUGAUUCACCUUUACUCAUAUCAGGAGUCGAUGAGAAUUCGAAGAGCUUCACAAAAGUACUGACCCAGGCUGAAGAUGCAGACGACGCAGCUGCUGCAAAUGAAGCCAUGAAGGAAGUUGAAUUAGAUAACGAAGACUUUGUGGAAGCUGAUCCUUCGAGGCAAGAAUCAGUCUCGAAGUCGAAUACACCUCAGCUAGAGGAAGAUGCUGUCAGUAUUGAGCCAGCGUCUAGCACAUUGACUAUGGAGGAAGACGAAUACGAGGAAGGCCAUAUUGAUGAGUAUAUGAUAAGAUAUAUAGCAUCCGGCAUGUAUUGGGACUAA